ACCAUCAUAGCGAAUUUUGCUUUCGAACUGAACUAGUUUUGUCUGAGCAUCGAUUAUCGAAACAACCGUUCUACAUGCAGUUGCCGUGAAUCAGUCCAACUUAUGGUAUAUUCAUCGCAACAUUUUUCUGAAUUUUUAAACCAAUUAAAUUGAUCAUCCGCUGUACUGUGGUAAAAACAUGAAUAUGUUCUACACAGUUGUCAUCACCAUCAUACUAAUUGUGUGUCAACAAAUAGUCGGUUCGAUUGCAUUAAAAAACAAUAGCGAAGAACAUGAGCGUAAUAAGCGCUUUGUUUUUUUGAGAGGCAGCGGAAUUGGUUACUUGGUCGCGUUGGCAAUUCCAACAAGUGCGGUAAAUCGACAGCGUGUUUAUAUGGCAUUUAAUUUUGAAGCGCAUUAUGGACUUGCUAGCGCCGAUACAUUUUUGACAUCGUUAAGGUCACCGUUUCCAGGCGAUGAUUUAAGUCAACGUAAGCGUGAUUUACGUGGCAUCAUGGUUGAUGACCGACUCAAACAUUUUUCGGGAAAUAAAAAUGUAUACACACGAAAAAACUUUUAUCGAAUCCUCGAGCAGCAAAUAAACUCUUAUGGUUAUAACGGAACUUCUUGUUUAUUACGAACGAUUUGUGAAACAUCGGAAACACCAUUUCAUGAGUAUAACGGCGUUUUUGGCAAUAUCUUUCAUAUUUUGUUUACGCCAUCCUCCUCAAAAGCGGAAAACAUUAAAUCAACUUAUUAUGAAGCGGAAUAUCAUGGUCGAAUCCAAGAUUGUCAACAAUAUAUCGAUGCUUGCAAUGUCAGUUUUUUGGACUUGAUUUCUCAUAUGAUUACUGUAGAAUCGCGUAAAAUGAUGUAGAAAUAUAUGCCAAUAAAAAUUGUAAUAAAUGACA